AUGACACGUCAGCGGCGUCGACGCGGCCGCGCUCGUGCACUGCCAAGGAUCGCCAAUCGCGCCCCCAGCGCUGCCACUGCCCCCAGUACUGCCCCCAGUACUGCCCCCAGCGCUGCCACUGCCCCCAGUACUGCCCCCAGCGCUGCCUCUUCCUUCAGCGCAAACCACGCGCCAGCCAACCCACAGCCACCGCCGCCGCCACAAGAGCAGCAGCAGCAGCAGCAGCAGCAGCAGCGCCAGCCGCUGCAUAUGGGUGGGCUUGAUCUCGCCGGAUGGACCCACGUGGCCAACACGCUGAUCAAGCAGGUUGGCGUGCCAGUAACGCGCGCACCGCUGAGCGGACCCACCGACCUGCGCAGCGUCAACAGCCUGCGCGCGUUCCUGCACCUCAUGUUCACCUGCCGCGCCCUGUACCAGGAGCUCCCGUGGUCUGUCCCCAAGUGGUGCCUGGAACAAGCCUUCUUCGGCUUUGCCUCGCUGGACUGGCUGGACGGGGCCUCGCCGCUGAACUUGGACUGGGGCGAGGUCUGCGACGGCAACAGCACCGGCGGAGCAUGGGAGGAAGAGCGGUUUGUGGCGUACUCGCGCAUGGGCAUCCGCUGGGACGGCCGCUGCCGCUUCCUGCACCGCAGAUGGACAUCGCAGGACAUGCUGCGCCAGUUUGCUGUGGUGGGCCGCGUCACCCUGCAGGGGCUCAACAGCACAGACGCCUGGGAAAUGUGCGCCAGCCAGGGAACUUUGGGCGCGCCACCCAGAGACGACAACACUGGCCAUGUUCAUCGUGAUGACAGCAACGACAACCGUGCUGAUGACGAUGAUGAUGAUGACGAUGGUGAUGACGACGGUGCCCAAGAGGCGCAGCCAACACAACAACAACAACAACAACAGCAGGGAGCGGAGCCGCCAGUCGUGGUCAUGCAUGCUCGCCCAGCCUCGUUCACGUUCCAAGCCGGGUACUUCCUUGACACGUUUGAUCAAUCCUUCCACGGCUUCCAGGACCUCGUGCGCCCGUCAAAGUGCGAGCGCCUGGAAGUGCUCAUGGAAACCGAGCGGUACGCGAACGGGUGGCACAUGAACGUCCGCGACGUGUCUGCCCUGAACAUCGCCUCCCACACCCCGCUCAACCGCAUGACGCUGGCAAACGUGGACAAGGUGGAGCUGCAGCUGUGCCCGGCCCAGCGGGCCUUUGGCGCGCUGCUUGCCAGCCAGGGCGUGAAGAGCGUCACGCUCAAGCCACUACAGGGCACGCGUGGGCCCGCGCACGAUUUUGACCUGCGCGACAUCCGCCGCGUGCCAGAUGUGCACCUGUUCAACCUGGGCUGCAUCACCGACCUCUCACCGCUCGGCGAUGCGGAGAAUGUCGUGCUGGACUACAUUCAGCACGCGCGCAGCCUCGCACCGCUGGCCAACGUGUCGCACAUCACGCUGCUGGAGUGCAACGGCCACACCCACAACCUCAUGCUCCACUGCGAUGGCAUCCGCACCUGGCGCCUCAGGGGCGUCACGGGCACACUCACCCUGCCGCGCGCCACAGCCGUGCGCCUCUCAGACAGCCUCGACUUUGCAGAGGUCGUGUGUGGCAGCAAGCACAUGGACGUGCUGCUGCUGGACAAGUGCACGGAGCUGCGCGCGGUGUCCCUGCCCAACUUGGAGGCCGCUUGCAGCGUGGACCUGAGAUGCUGCCGUCACAUCACCGAGCUCUCGGUCCCAGCCACCCGCAUCAACAGCGUUGACCUGACCAAGUGCAUGCGCCUCUCGUCCGUGCACUUGCCCAACCUGCAGCACCUGCGCUCGCUCAGCAUCGACUACUGCAAGGACCUCACCACCAUCACCUGCCCACGUCCGCUGCGGCUCAGCUUCCUCUGCCUGCAUGCAUGCAACAAGUUGCGCAACAUGAGCACCUUCUUUGAGCACGCCGACAUGGCCAUGCUCUUUGACAUGGACGUGUCCAACCCCGAAGUCAUGCGGCAGCUUGGCGCACGCGCCAGCGCCCUCCACUUUCGCGGCACCUGCAUCACCGACCUCGCCAUGCUCAAGCACGUGCCAACCACCACGCGGGUGCACGUGUUCAACUUUCGCGGGGCUGUCCGCACGCCGCCGCCGCCCUGCCUGCACGAGCUGCACAUGUCGGCCGAUGCCACCAGCGGGCGCAGUGGCGAGUGCAGCAUCGAGCACCUGCGCGGCGUGAAGAGGGUGCGCGUGCGUGGCAGCUCCACAAAGCUGACGGGGCUCAAGGCCAUUUGUGGGCACGAGGAGUUUAUGAUCAGCCAGUGCUCGCUCGCAGAUGCCACCAUCACCGACUGCAAGCGCGUUGUCUUCAACAAGUGCACGUCCGAUGUGCACCUCGCCACCAUUGAAUCGCUCGACAUCAACAAGAGCAACGUCAGGGUGAAGAGCAUGGUCAACGUGCAGUCCGUCAACAUGUACGGCUGCCGUGUUCGCAUUGCCUCCACCAACAACGUGGGCGUGCUCGCUCUCCACGACUGUGACAUUGCCAGCUUUGAAGCAUUUGCUGGCGUGCACACGCUGGUGCUGCGCAAGUGCAGGUUCGAUGCCGCCGCUGUGUGCACGCUGCCCCGGGUGCCUGUCGUCGUUCUGCAGCACUGCACCGACACGACCAACCAGCGAGAGUACACGACCCACAUCUUGCGUGCCGAGACAGCGCAGGAGCUGCAUGCUGCCGUUGGCUCACCGGACCGCCACCGGUCACGCACGACCGUGGUCACCCGCGACGCCGUCCAGCGCGCGGCAAAUGGGGUGUCACGCCUGUUUGGGCACUGCGGCACGCUCUCCCGCGAAAUGCGCCGUGUUGACGAUGAGCCGCUGUGGGCGAGCGGACCGGGCGUCCGGCGCUGGGCCAAUGGCGAUGACGGUGUUGACGACGACAUCGACCACAUUGUCAACGACCCUUACCUCGGCAUGAGUGACCUGUUCUUCCCCGACCCAGGCCACUUUAUGCACGACGAGGGCAGCGGAAACGGCGGAAACGGCGGAAACGGGAGCCGCCAGGACCGGGGCGGGCAGGGGCAGGGGGAGGUGCGGCAGCAAGCCGGCAACAGAGACCCAUACUUUGACUUUGAUGCGUUUGCAGGGUACGGUGUGACUGGGGCGCAAGAUUUUGUGCCGUGGUCCCCGAGCAUCUAUGAGGGCGGCACUGAUGCAAGCACAUACGUGCCGCCGUUCAUACCACCGGUCCCUGGUAUGGAGGGCCAGGUGAUGGUUGAGGACGCCUACGGGCAGGUCUUCAUGAUGAGUUUGGCAGAGGCGCUCCGCCGAGCCAACAACAUCCCGCCACAGUGA